AUGCCGCCAUUGCCCACUGGAGGAGACAAAGUCUGCGAGUUUGCCGCAGGAAGUGUCAUGAUCUGGGACUGGCACAACGCGCAGACGGCGGCCACCAUAACCCACACAAUCGUUCCGCACAUUACAGCAUACCCCAAUGGGAGCUCUGUCACCCACAACGAGACAAUCUUGGCAACCGCCACUUUACCCACAAACAUCAGCGUCAGCAGUACGAUGGUGGUCGAAGGCUUCACUAUGACUUACCCGGAAAUAUGGGCUCAGUACUCGAGCUUCUACUCGGCCGACUGUGCGGUAAGCACAAGCACAAAUGUAAUUUCGGAGUUCACAAACACAUACACCGAAAUUGGCUCCGACCCGUCUUGGACCAGCACUGUCACAAACCCUGAACGCACAGAGAGAUUCACGAUCCAGUCUGGUAGAGGAAUUACCCUGCCAGCGACAACCGACCCGGCGCGGUUUUUCUACAGGGCGGAGGGAUGGGACUAUGAUGGUAAUAACCCUGCGACGGUGACACCGCCGAUGCUUGAGUACCUGGCCGGCCUGCAGACGGUAGUGGAACAGAUGAGCGGACAAGAUGUUCGGACGUGUAUCUUUGCGACAUGUGCAGCAACAGCCGUUGGGCACAAAAUGGUCUCGGCCACUGUGCUGGUCGAGUCGACGGAGGUUGCGUCUGCGAUUUUCUAUACAGCCCCUGCUCCUAGCACGAGCACUCCGGCGGCACCGAUCAAGACCCCGGAGGCGACUUUGCCAACACCGCCCGCCCCAACGGAGCAGGCAUCUACAGCUGAGAAUUCUCCUUCCACCGAGCAGCAGCAACCCUCACCGGUGCCCGAGGAGCCAGUGGUGUCUUCGCCACCGCAAGAUUCUCCUGGAAACACCGUCAUCUCCACAAGUGUCGGCGGUACGGGAGCGGCGGAGACAACAUUCGUCCGUACGACAACCAUCGAUGGACAAGCCCAGGAACAAACCGUGAUAUCGCCGGCGCCCAUCGCUACGCCGCCUCCGGGAGAGGUUACACUCAUACGAGAGGUCACCUCAGACGGACAGGUUUACACGGAGACCAUCGUCUCCGUAUCGGCUCCUCCCAAUGUCCAAGCGUCAGAGGCCACCAUUCUGACGACAAUCACGGGGCCCGACGGGGCAUCAUCCACUCUGACCUUUAUUUCCAUCUCCAACGGCGGCGCGGUCCCACAGCCCUCCGAGGUAACACUUGUGAGAACGACGACAUCGAAUGGCGCCCAGGUGGUCCAAACCAUCGUUUCCAUUGCCACACCAAAUCAGGGCGGCGGCGGCUCAGGAGAUGGGGUCACCGGGGUGGCGCAGCAAACCAACGUCCCGGCCCAGACAACGCUUACCAGAACGAUCGUCUCCAAUGGACAGACAUAUGUACAGACGGUCGUCUCGCCCAUCGAAACGGGCAGUUCAUCCGGCGAGACCACAUUCGUCAGAACAGCCACCUCAGACGGCGAGACAUACGUGCAGACUGUUGUGUCGCAGCUUCCCAGCGGUGGUGCAGAUGGUAACGAGGCUGGGGCGGGGACAAAGACAUCUUCGACAAGUGGCUCGACGGGUUCGAUCUACACGGGGCCAGCCGUUGUGGGCGGAGCAGCUGCACAAAGCAGUUGCAUUGUCAGAACACCUCGCGAAAUGGCCAGCAACGAGUUAUAUCAGUACUCUCUUGCCCUCGGCCUGAUGGAUGGCGUGGCGGAUAAAGGCCUGUCUAUCUCCGAGUACCUCAAACAUGGCGAUCACGGACUCGGCACCUUUCGCUUCAUGAACGGUGAGAUGAUCGUUGUCGAUGGUGAAGCCUACCAGAUGCUCGCCGAUGGCUCCAUCAGAAAGCUGGACCCAGACGGCGACGCCAUUCAUCCGUUUGCCCAGAUCACGCGUUUCAAACCCGAGAUUUCCGCAAGGGCCGUGGUCCCCAGCAAGGAGGAGCUGAAUGACAUCGUCAGCGGUCUCGUGCCGGGCGCCAAGAAUCAUCACCUAGCGAUGCGCCUGGACGGCCUCUUCAAGUCCGUCACGGUCCGCACGGCCGCAGGCCAGACGGAACCGCGCCAGCCCUUGAUCGAGGUCGGCAAGAACCAGGUUGCGUUUACCUUCGAAAAUGUGCGCGGUACCCUAAUCGGCUUCCGACAGCCUCAUUACAUGCAAGGGAUAGGAGUUGCUGGUGAUCAUCUGCAUUUCAUCACAGAAGACCGGGAACGCGGUGGCCAUGUCCUGGCAUUGGAGAGCGAUGGCGACUUGGAGGUGAAAGCGGCGCAGAUGUUCAAGAUGACGCUGGAACUGCCCAAGGGCGACGAAGAAUUUAAUGAGGCGAAACUACUUGGCAAUCACAAGGACUUGGAGACAGUGGAGGGUUGA